AUGGCUGCAUUUGCUUCUGUCGCUGCUUUCAAAUCCAUAGGAAUCUCAGACAAGUCCAGAGUUAUCGGCGGCAAUCAGAGAUUCUUCUUUUCCGGCAAGAGUUUCCCUUCCGUUCACCUCCAUCGUAGCUUCAAUUAUUCACAAUGCCGAUCUAGUGGUUUAAAAGCCGAGGUGGUUGCUAUAGAACAAACAGAAGCAACACAAACAGUGGAAGCUCCUGUUGUUAUUGUGACYGGAGCCUCUARAGGUAUCGGCAGGGCGGUUGCACUAGCUUUCGGCAAAGCUGGUUGUAAGGUUCUGGUUAAUUAUGCAAGGUCAGUUAAGGAUGCAGAAGAAGUUUGCAACCAGAUUGAGACAAUGGGUGGUGAGGCACUUGCAUUUAGGGGAGAUGUUACAAAACAAACAGAUGUUGCAUCCAUGUUUAAAACUACAGUUGAUACUUGGGGUACUGUUGACAUAUUGGUCAACAAUGCAGGGACMACGARAGAUGGUUUGUUGUUGACGAUGAAGACGUCCCAAUGGCAGGAAGUCAUUGAUUUGAAUCUCACUGGUGUAUUCCUAUGUACACAGGUGAACGUUGUUGCCCCCGGAUAUAUUACAACUGAUUUGACUGCUACCGGGGAAGACAUGCUGAAAAAGAACUUGAAGAGAAUCUCCUUAGGAAGAUAUGGCCGACCCGAAGAGGUUGCGGGGCUCGUUGAAUUCUUGGCUCUCAGUCCCGCGGCUAGUUACAUGACUGGACAGGUGCUCGUCAUCGAUGGAGGAUUGGUGCUUUGAGAUCACCGAAAGCCGAUCUUAUUUCGUAACGUGCGGAAGCUUAUGGUGGCAAAUAUAUACUACAUUUCGUAUCAACCCACAAAAAUACACAACUUUACYAGAAGUAUGAAURUGACUUAAAUAAGUGUGGACGCACCAAAUAGCAAC